GAGCAGCAUCCUGUCCUCGCCCUCCCUGCCAGCCUCCAAACGGGCCACACUGCAGACUCCCCACGCUGGGGGACACGGGAAUCCAUCGUCAGGCCAUCACGCCGGGGAUGUAUCUUGUCUCUGGGGUUUCGCUCUGCUCUUCGACGGGAGCCACACACCUGCGUGUGUGAGACUGUCACGGCAACGGCGACACCCACAGGCAUUGGGUGUCUUCACGGAGAGGGGGCCUGGAAAACUCAAGACUCACACGGAGGUUCAUUUCCACACUCCACUCCACCCUUCCAGGCUGGUUUCUCCCUGCUGGAGACGCGUGGGAGCCCAGGGAGCGGCUUCCACUUCCCGCGGGAUCCCUGGAGAGGCCCGCAGAGCCAGCCCCCGCCCGAAACCCACCCCCCUCACCCCUUCCCCCUCUCCCCCUUCCGCUGCGUCUCUCUGGCCUCCGGCCCCACCCCUCCCACCCAAACCCCCCCACCCCUCCUCUCCCAAUCCCCCCCCACCCCCCACCCACCGACGCCACCACGCCCCAGGCAUCGGCGCCCUGGGGCCCCUCGGAGGGCGAGGGCGGGCUGUCCCAGGGCUCAGCGGCAGGCAAGAAGGGGUGGAGCCUGCUCUGCCUGUGGGCCUUCAUAAGAGCCGCUGGCUGUCUGCGCCGGCCUCCUGGCUGGACCUGAACGCAGUGCGCAGGCCGGCUGAGGAGCAGGGGAGCCCUCCGGCCUCUCUCUGCCCGGGUCCGUCCGUGGAAUUCCGGCCGGGGCUCCCCGCGAUGGCUCUCCCGACACCUUCGGACGGCACCCUCCCCGCGGAAGCCCGAGGACGAGGACGGCGGAGGAGACUCGCCUGGACCCCGAGCCAAAGCCAGGCCCUGCGAGCCUGCUUUGAGCGGAACCCGUACCCGGGCAUCGCCACCAGAGAACGGCUGGCCCAGGCCAUCGGCGCUCCGGAGCCCAGGGUCCAGAUCUGGUUUCAGAACGAGAGGUCACGCCAGCUGAGGCAGCACCGGCGGGAAUCUCGGCCCUGGCCGGGGAGACGCGGCCCGCAAGAAGGCAGGCGAAAGCGGACCUCCGUCACCCCAUCCCAGACGGCCCUGCUGCUCCGAGCCUUUGAGAAGGAUCGCUUUCCCGGCAUCGCCACCAGGGAGGGACUGGCCAGAGAGACGGGCCUCCCGGAGUCCAGGAUUCACGUCUGGUUUCAGAACCGAAGGGCCAGGCACCCGGCACCGGGUGGCAGGGCGCCGGCGCACGCAGGCGGCCCCUGCAACUCGGCCCCCGGCGGGUGUCACCCUGCUCCCCGGUCGGUCGCCCCGGCAGGCGGGGAUGCUGCCUACGCCGCCCUGGCUCCUCCGGAAGGGGCGCUCUCCCACCCUCAGGCGCCUCGGUGGCCUCCGCACCCCCCGAGCAAAUGCCCGGGGGACCGCGACCCGCAGCGCGACGGCCUGCCGGGCCUGCCCGCUCAAGCUGGGCCACAGGGCCAAGGUCUGGGCCCGGUGAGAGCCCCCGCACAGCGGAGAACUGCCAUUCUUUCCUGGGCGUCCCGGGGAUCCCGGAGCCGGAGCCGGCCCAGGUACCAGCAGGCCGAGCCCCGCAGCGGAGCGCCAGGCCCACCGCCCCGACCGCCGACCACAGAGGAGCCACACGCAGGACGACUGAAGCCUGAUUUCGGAUUCCACGUCGCUUGGCCCUCUGCAAGGGGGCCAGUUGCUCACGUCUCUCCGGCCCCCCCCCCCCGAGGGGCUGACCGUGUUGACGGUUUGCUUCCGGAGCCCUGCGGGCACCCCGAAACAUCCAGGGAAGGGUGGAAGAGCAGCAUCCUGUCCUCGCCCUCCCUGCCAGCCUCCAAACGGGCCACACUGCAGACUCCCCACGCUGGGGGACACGGGAAUCCAUCGUCAGGCCAUCACGCCGGGGAUGUAUCUUGUCUCUGGGGUUUCGCUCUGCUCUUCGACGGGAGCCACACACCUGCGUGUGUGAGACUGUCACGGCAACGGCGACACCCACAGGCAUUGGGUGUCUUCACGGAGAGGGGGCCUGGAAAACUCAAGACUCACACGGAGGUUCAUUUCCACACUCCACUCCACCCUUCCAGGCUGGUUUCUCCCUGCUGGAGACGCGUGGGAGCCCAGGGAGCGGCUUCCACUUCCCGCGGGAUCCCUGGAGAGGCCCGCAGAGCCAGCCCCCGCCCGAAACCCACCCCCCUCACCCCUUCCCCCUCUCCCCCUUCCGCUGCGUCUCUCUGGCCUCCGGCCCCACCCCUCCCACCCAAACCCCCCCACCCCUCCUCUCCCAAUCCCCCCCCACCCCCCACCCGCCGACGCCACCACGCCCCAGGCAUCGGCGCCCUGGGGCCCCUCGGAGGGCGAGGGCGGGCUGUCCCAGGGCUCAGCGGCAGGCAAGAAGGGGUGGAGCCUGCUCUGCCUGUGGGCCUUCAUAAGAGCCGCUGGCUGUCUGCGCCGGCCUCCUGGCUGGACCUGAACGCAGUGCGCAGGCCGGCUGAGGAGCAGGGGAGCCCUCCGGCCUCUCUCUGCCCGGGUCCGUCCGUGGAAUUCCGGCCGGGGCUCCCCGCGAUGGCUCUCCCGACACCUUCGGACGGCACCCUCCCCGCGGAAGCCCGAGGACGAGGACGGCGGAGGAGACUCGCCUGGACCCCGAGCCAAAGCCAGGCCCUGCGAGCCUGCUUUGAGCGGAACCCGUACCCGGGCAUCGCCACCAGAGAACGGCUGGCCCAGGCCAUCGGCGCUCCGGAGCCCAGGGUCCAGAUCUGGUUUCAGAACGAGAGGUCACGCCAGCUGAGGCAGCACCGGCGGGAAUCUCGGCCCUGGCCGGGGAGACGCGGCCCGCAAGAAGGCAGGCGAAAGCGGACCUCCGUCACCCCAUCCCAGACGGCCCUGCUGCUCCGAGCCUUUGAGAAGGAUCGCUUUCCCGGCAUCGCCACCAGGGAGGGACUGGCCAGAGAGACGGGCCUCCCGGAGUCCAGGAUUCACGUCUGGUUUCAGAACCGAAGGGCCAGGCACCCGGCACCGGGUGGCAGGGCGCCGGCGCACGCAGGCGGCCCCUGCAACUCGGCCCCCGGCGGGUGUCACCCUGCUCCCCGGUCGGUCGCCCCGGCAGGCGGGGAUGCUGCCUACGCCGCCCUGGCUCCUCCGGAAGGGGCGCUCUCCCACCCUCAGGCGCCUCGGUGGCCUCCGCACCCCCCGAGCAAAUGCCCGGGGGACCGCGACCCGCAGCGCGACGGCCUGCCGGGCCUGCCCGCUCAAGCUGGGCCACAGGGCCAAGGUCUGGGCCCGGUGAGAGCCCCCGCACAGCGGAGAACUGCCAUUCUUUCCUGGGCGUCCCGGGGAUCCCGGAGCCGGAGCCGGCCCAGGUACCAGCAGGCCGAGCCCCGCAGCGGAGCGCCAGGCCCACCGCCCCGACCGCCGACCACAGAGGAGCCACACGCAGGACGACUGAAGCCUGAUUUCGGAUUCCACGUCGCUUGGCCCUCUGCAAGGGGGCCAGUUGCUCACGUCUCUCCGGCCCCCCCCCCCGAGGGGCUGACCGUGUUGACGGUUUGCUUCCGGAGCCCUGCGGGCACCCCGAAACAUCCAGGGAAGGGUGGAAGAGCAGCAUCCUGUCCUCGCCCUCCCUGCCAGCCUCCAAACGGGCCACACUGCAGACUCCCCACGCUGGGGGACACGGGAAUCCAUCGUCAGGCCAUCACGCCGGGGAUGUAUCUUGUCUCUGGGGUUUCGCUCUGCUCUUCGACGGGAGCCACACACCUGCGUGUGUGA